CCCAGCGCCCUGGAUUAGCCGAGUCGCGCGGAUCCGCCGUGUGUUUUCAACGCGAAGCUUGUGCACUUACACGUGUCCGCAGUGCGCAUGCGUAGAACACGUACGCGAAGCUCCAGAGCGGCCGCGCUGUGCUGCGCUGCCCUGCGUUUGUGGUAGUGUGUCCGGCGGAGCGGACGGGGGGGCCGCGGCACGUCUCAAAAUGGGCCAGCAGUUCCAGUACGACGACAGCGGCAACACGUUCUUCUACUUCCUGACCUCCUUCGUGGGGCUCAUCGUCAUCCCCGCCACAUACUACCUGUGGCCCCGGGACCAGAACGCGGAGCAACUCCGUUUGAAGUCCCUGAGGAGAGUGCAUGAAAGAUGCCUAUGGUAUCGCUUGCGGUUGAUGAAAUCGCAGCAAAGCAUCGUUCCCACAUUGAAAAAAGCUGCCCUGCUGCUUGGGUGGGCAGUGUUUUUGUUCCUUGCUUAUAAAGUUUCAAAACUGGACAGAGAAUACCAGGAGUAUAAUCCGUACGAGGUCCUCAAUCUGGAUGCGGGUGCUUCUGUCGCAGAAAUCAAGAAGCAGUAUCGUGUAUUAUCCCUCAAAUACCACCCUGACAAAGGAGGGGAUGAGGCCAUGUUCAUGAGGAUUGCCAAGGCCUACUCUGCCUUAACGAAUGAGGAGUCCCGGCAAAACUGGGAAAACUACGGCAACCCGGAUGGACCAAGCGCUACUCGCUUCGGCAUUGCCCUACCUGCUUGGAUCGUAGACCAGAAGAACUCCAUGCUGGUGCUGCUUGUUUACGCUCUGGCCUUCAUGGUCAUCCUCCCCGUUGUCGUGGGAACCUGGUGGUAUCGUUCCAUACGGUACAGCGGUGAUCAGAUCCUCAUCAACACAACUCAGCUCUUCAUGCACUUCAUGUACAAAACUCCUAAUAUGAAUAUGAAACGGUUAACCAUGGUGUUGACAGCUGCUUUCGAAUUUGACCCACGCAGCAACAAGGAGGCUACAAUCAGGCCCACAGACAACAUAGAAGUACCACAGCUGAUCCGCGAGCUCGGAAACAUCAACGUGAAGAAGAAGGAACCACCAUUCUGCUACCCCUACAGCCUGAAGGCUCGCGUGCUCCUUCUGGCUCACCUGGCUCGCAUGGAAGUGUCCGAGGAGCUCGAGGAAGAUCAGCGGUUUGUGGUGAGGAAGAGUCCAGCCCUGCUCCAGGAGAUGGUGAAUGUGGGUUGUCAGCUCACCAUGAUGGCCAACAAUCGGGGAGGGUUCCAUGCUCCACGGCUGGUAUCCAUAGAGAACUGCAUGAAGCUGAGUCAGAUGGUUGUUCAGGGCCUGCAGGAGUCUAAGUCUCCUCUGUUGCAGCUCCCACACUUUGAGGAGGAGCACCUGCGCUAUUGCAUCUCCAAGAAGUACAAGGUGAGGAGCAUCCAGGACCUAGUGAGCCUGAAGGACUCUGAUCGCAGGAACAUGCUGCGCUUCCUGGGUGAGGAGAAGUACGAUGAGGUCAUGGCCGUGCUGGGCAGCUUUCCGCAUAUCACCAUGGACAUCAAGUUGCAGGUGCUUGAUGACGAAGACAGCAAUAAUAUCACAGCAGGGUCUAUAGUCACAGUCACAGUCACCUUGACCAGAAAAAGAAUGUCGGAGGUGUUUGAGAAAGAGCAGGACUCGCAGUGUCCAGGAGAGGAGCCGCCUGCGGAGGAGACGCAGCAGGGCGAAGCCAACAAGAGCAGAACCAAAGUGUGGCAGAACAAAAAUAAAGCAGCCAAGAAGGUUGCCAAAUCGAAGAAGAAGAAGCUGACCAAGAAGAAGGGGGCUGGCGGGAUGGGUCAGCAGCCGAAGGUGGAGAAGCAGAAACAGGCUAAUGGGAAUGUGGCUGGGAAUGAGGCUGUGGCCACAACGAAGGAGGAAGAUGAGGAAGCAUCAGACAGAGGAAGUGACUCGGACGAUGGCGAAGCCAACAAAGACUCCCCUAGCGAGCGGGAUGAGGAGAGUGACAAGCAAAGCGACACGGAGGUGGACGAAAUUGCGGCAGAUGACGAGGAGGAGUGGAAAGCACUACAGCAGAGCAUCCAGCGCAGGGAGAGGGCGCUGUUGGAGACUAAGUCCAAGAUCACACACCCUGUCUAUAGCCUGUACUUCCCCGAGGAGAAACAGGAGUGGUGGUGGCUGUACAUCGUGGACAGGAAAGACCAGACAUUGGUGUCCAUGCCCUAUCACGUGUGCACGCUCAGAGAUGCCGAAGAGGUGGAACUGAAAUUUCCUGCCCCAUCGAAAACCGGAAAUUAUCAGUAUUCUGUGAUUCUGAGAUCGGAUUCCUACCUGGGACUGGAUCAGAUAAAGCCAUUGAAGCUGGAGGUCCACGAGGCAAAGCAGAUUCUGGACAACCACCCACAGUGGGACAUUCCAGAAACGGAGGAAGACGAAGAAGACCAGGAGGACAGUGACGGCAUCGAGGAGAGCGAGGAUGACGACGAGGACAACGACUAGGCCCUUCCCCUGGCCUAAAUUCGGACCCCCCCCCCCCACCAUGCUCCUACGACAAACGCGGAGGAGAACAGUCCCAGCGGGUUUCUGUUCCAGAGAGGUUCACGACUGCCUCUUAGCCCACUUCUCAUUCUUGCUCUUCCUGUUUUUUUUUUUUUUUUUUUUUU